CACCAACCUCCAGCCCAGUGGGUUUCUGGCAGCGCCUGGGUUAAACUUUAACAACAUGGCCCCCAUCAGUAACAACACAAACGGAACGGACAGAGGUGAUAACUGCAGUGGAAUCAAAUCUGAAAGAAAGAUGAGGAAACCUCUGGUCGAGAAGAAAAGAAGGGCUCGCAUCAAUGAAAGUUUACAAGAACUCAGAGUUCUCGUGGCGGAUGCAGACUUACAAUCAAAGAUGGAGAAUGCCGAAGUGCUGGAGAUGACAGUGAAACGUGUGGAGAGAAUCCUGCAAAACCGGGCUCAAGAAGUGGACGCCGUGAACCGGGAGGCCUGUGAGCGUUUUGCUGCAGGCUACAUCCAGUGUAUGCAUGACGUUCACACUUUUGUGUCCAGCUGCCCGGGAAUUGACCCAACAUUAUCCGCGGAGCUGUUGAACCACCUCCUGGAGAGCAUGCCCCUAAACGACGAAGACCGCCUCCGGGUGAUGCUGCCGGACACGUUUACAGAGUGCCCCGGCAGCAACAGCACUUGGUCCCUGUCUGAGAGCAUGUACACGGCUCUAGUGUCCCCGGCCCCUUCCACCACCUCCACCGAUGACCUCUGCUCUGACCUGGAUGAGACGGACUCGGAGCAAAGUCAUGUUUCUUCUUCGGAGGAGGCUGAAAGCCAGGAUGUGUUGUGCUCGCCUUCCUUAACUUACUCCAAGUCAAUGUGGAGACCAUGGUAGAUCAUUUUAAAAAAGGAAUAGCAUGUUUUAAACCACGCUAGAUGAUUUAAUGCUAUGUGUUAUGUUGUAGGGAGUAGGCCUCAGUACAUGCCAACAACACUGCUGAGAUGACAACUUUGCAACGUAUUGAAAGGCAUCAGAGAAGCUCUUUGAAUAAUUAUUGGGAAACUACCAUUAAACUAAAAUGUAUUUAAUAAAUAAAAUAUGUAAUUAAAUCUGUUUUGCAGAGGUCA